UUGGCUUCGCAGCUAUUCGACUUCAUUCUUUUGCUUACCAAAUGUCACUCUCCUGUCAUUGAUUCUCUCGUGAAUAUCAAAACAACUUUCUAUUCCUCUCUCUCUCUCUGCAGACUGGCAUGUAGACAAACACAAUUUACAUACAUCUCAUCUGAUCAUUUCACCUCAUGACUUCAAGAAAGAGUGGAGGUGCUAGAAUGCAUGUUCAUAAAGGAGCAUGGACGGCUGAGGAGGACAAGAAACUGACCCACUACAUUGAGAAUCAUGGUGCUAAAAAGUGGAAAACUGUGGCCAUCAAAUCAGGCUUGAAUAGGUGUGGUAAAAGUUGUAGGCUGAGGUGGUUGAACUAUCUGAGGCCAAACAUCAAGAGAGGCAACAUAGCUGAAGAUGAAGCUGACUUGAUCCUUAGGCUUCAUAAACUACUAGGAAACAGCAGGUGGUCUUUGAUAGCUGGGAGACUUCCAGGGCGAACCGACAAUGAAAUCAAGAACUACUGGAAUACUCAUUUGAGCAAAAAAGUCACCCAACUGGGAAAAUCUUCUUUACCAGCAACAGAAAAUCAGCCACCCAAGAAUGGCAUGGCCGAUGCUGAACAAAUGGGAGGCAAUAAAGAAAGCGAAGAAGACCCAGAAUUGAACUUUGAUGUAGAUGAGUUCUUUGACUUCUCUGUGGAAGGGACAUAUGGCACAGAAUGGGUCAACAAGUUUCUUGAAGUUGAAAAGGGUAUGCCAUAGAUGGCUGGCAGAUUGUAAUGUAUUAAUAUGCCUACCUAAUGCCUGUGCAGAAGACUAACCUGUACUGUACUUGAGCAUGAAUGUGAUGAUGAAAUCAAUUCGGUAGAUGUAUUGUAUGUGCAAUGUGCUCACCUCAUCAGACACUGCAAAUACAUACUGUAAAAGCACUAAUUUAAAAGUGAAAAUUGAAGUUUAUUGACAUCCAAAAACAGUAGUAGAAAAAAAAUACAUAAGCAUAUAAUAUAUUAAUUCAAUGGGGGAGAAAGGGGAUGUAGUACACAGCUAAAAUGAGAAUUCAUUCUCCUUCAAUGCACUAGCUUAGAGAACUGGUAGUCUUCUGUAUGUACAUUGAUACACUGUGCAGCUAUCUGUCCUAGCAGUUUGUUCAAUAAAAGUUUGCAAUCU